CUCCACCAUGGCUCCCAAAGGCAGCUCCAAGCAGCAGUCCGAGGAGGACCUGCUCCUCCAGGAUUUCAGUCGCAACCUCUCAGCCAAGUCCUCCGCACUCUUCUUCGGGAAUGCCUUCAUCGUGUCCGCCAUCCCCAUCUCCUCGUACAAAGCAGCGUGCAGCCAGCGUGGCGUGGGGCCCGCGUGGCUCCCCGGCUGCACCGAGCAGGCCUUGGCUUCGGACUGACAGCCACGUCAGCGCGUAAACUGUGGCUCAGGACUGCACGUGGCAUUUGGGAGUGGCCUGUACUUAGCUUAACAGUACCCGGACGAAUGAAAUUUGAAGUCAGAAUUGUGGUUUUUGUGGAGCUGGAGUUCUCAUUUUAGAGAAAGCAGAAACCUUCAUGUGGAAGGUUAUGUUUUUCGAGGGUUCUGCAUUGGGGUUAUACUGGCGAAUAUGGCAUAUGGAUCUUAUUCAGUCUGCUGUUCUGUACAGCGUGAUGACCCUUGUAAGCACUUAUUUGGUAGCCUUUGCCUACAAAAAUGUGAAAUUUGUACUCAAGCACAAAGUAGCACAGAAGAGGGAAGAUGCUGUUUCCAAAGAAGUGACUCGAAAACUUUCUGAAGCUGAUAAUAGAAAGAUGUCUCGGAAGGAAAAAGAUGAAAGAAUCUUGUGGAAGAAGAAUGAAGUUGCUGAUUAUGAAGCUACAACAUUUUCCAUCUUCUAUAACAACACCCUAUUCCUGGUCUUGGUCAUCGUUGCAUCCUUCUUUAUAUUGAAGAACUUCAACCCCACAGUGAACUAUAUUCUGUCCAUAAGUGCUUCAUCAGGUCUCAUCGCCCUCCUGUCUACUGGCUCCAAAUAGACCGUGUCAGCUUUACCCUUGGCUUUGUAUUUAUGGGUGGUCUGUGGUGUAUGGAAAAGAAGCCGGGUGGUCGGGGUGGGAGACACACAAGAUGUUUUUAUAGUCUGGAGCUUGAGGGUUUGAAAGACCCAACAAAAUGUAAUUCAAUAUUUGUUUAUUGGCUCUUUUUUGACAAACUGUUGAAAGUACAUGAAUUGGAAAGGAAACUCAGAGUACCAGGGCAUUUAUUAAAAAGGCAAAUGUGUCUGGCAAUGUGCUACAAUCACAAGAGGAGAAAAUAACUUGUUUCCUUGAUCUGUCAGAGGUCACAGUAACCUGGACUGAACUGUUAGUAUUUGUUAGAGUAGCAAGAAGUUAAUAGCUGGUUCUGUGUGUUCCAAGCACAAUAUUACAGCUUUUUUUGAACCAUUAAUAUCAGAAUGAAUCCUCUUUCCUCCCUUUUCCCCUGCCUGGGGGGUGGGAUUGAAUGCAUGUUUACAAAUCUCUGAAUAUGUGAUUUGAAAUAACUCAAUAAAAGUUGAAAACAUGGUUUCUCCAAUUUGGGGAAAAGAAACUU